CACAGUUGGCGGCGCCGCAGUUGGCGGCAAGCGUCGCGCGCGCCGGGAGCUGAGGUACGGCCGAGCCCCUCCCCGCGCCUCUGAGGGGACCGGACCGGACCGGACCGGACCGGACCGGACCGGACCGGGGCUCUCCUCCCCCCGCCCCACCAUAACCGGCGGGAGGGGAGUGAGCGGCGCGAGUGGCGCUGUGGGUGUUGGCGGUAUCGCUCGCGUCUCUUCCGGCCCGGCCUGGUCCGGUCCGAUGCGGUGCGUUGGUGCUUAACUCCGCUGCCGCCGCCGCUGCUGGUGAGCGGCGGCCGGCGUUGAGAAUUGCAACUGGAGUUUACAUCUGUACUAUUUUUAACUUGCAAAGCAUGAUUCCACCAGCAAAAGGAAAAAUGUGCCUCAGACACUGCUGACAUCAACCCUUGCAGAAACCUGCUUUACCAGAGAUAAGAGUAGGAGGAGAUUGUUACUGCCCCUACUGAGGCUUGGAUGAUUAUUCUGAGAAAAGUUGUGAUGGCCAGUCACCAAGCAGAAGUUCAAAGUUUGAAGCUAGAUAAUGAUUCAGUUAUAGAAGGAAUAAGUGACCAGGUACUGGUGGCAGUUGUGCUCAGUUUCACUUUCAUUGCUGCUCUGGUAUAUACUCUUUUAAGAAAUGAACAUCAGAACAUACACCCAGAAAAUCAAGAGCUAGUACGGGCACUUCGUCAGCAGCUUCAAACUGAGCAGGAUGCUUCUGCUAGUGAUAGACAUCGCUUCUAUACAGAUAUGUCCUGCCCAGUCUGUUUGCAACAGGCUACAUUUCCUAUAGAAACAAACUGUGGUCAUCUCUUCUGUGGUUCCUGCAUUAUUGCCUACUGGAGGUAUGGCUCAUGGCUUGGUGCCAUCCGUUGCCCAAUCUGCAGACAAACGGUAACAUUGUUUUUACCGCUUUUUGGUGAAGAUCAGCAGGGUGCAACCCAAGUAUUUCAAGAUGUUAACGAUUACAACCGGAGGUUCUCUGGACAGCCCAGAUCUAUUAUGGAAAGAAUUAUGGAUCUGCCCACUUUAUUGCGGCAUGCUUUCAGGGAGAUGUUUUCUGUUGGGGGCCUCUUCUGGAUGUUUCGCAUCAGAAUAUUCCUCUGCUUGCUUGGAGCCUUGCUCUACCUGGCUUCACCUCUGGAUUUUCUGCCUGAAGCCCUCUUUGGAAUUCUGGGGUUCUUGGAUGAUUUCUUUGUUAUUUUUCUUCUGCUGAUAUAUAUCUCUAUCAUGUACCGAGAAGUGGUGACACAGCGGCUGAAUAGGUGAAAUGGUUGAAAAUUACCCAAAUGCAGAGGUGGUUGUGGAAUGUUUUAAAAACAGAACUAUAACAUAAGUAUGAUACAGCAAGGCACCUGUGUACAGUUUCAGUAGUUACAAUUUCAUAGCCGAUCAUCUUACACAAAUAUGAAGGGUUAGUAUGUGGUGAUGCUUAAAUGGAAUCUUUAACUGUAUAUUACCUAUGCUUCAUAAGGAUGAGGUUAGUUUUAUAAUGUAAUAAACUACCUUCAUCUACUUCCAUCUGAUGAACAACUGUAUUUAAUCAAAGCAGAAAACACCUUUUCGGUGUGUGGCUUGUGAAAAAGGAGUUCUAUUAAAGAACUUCUAUAAAAAAAUCCACAUGGGUAAUCUAGACAUGUAUAAGGAAAUUCAGAAAUUCUUCACAGUACAGUCAUUGCAGCUACAUCAUUUAAAGUCUCCCUGUUGUGGGUUAGAGUUUUUUAAAAUAAAGGUAGCUAAUAAAGGUAGCUUUGUGUGUCUUUGUGGAAGAAACCCAAGGACCGCCUUACAGUUAUCACCCUACAGUUUGCUGUUAUCCACAUGUUUCACAAAAACAAGGAGAACACCUCAGUAUUGCUUGAACUGCACAAUGUACGGUUGCAUGCAAUUCGUACAAUUUUAUUCUUAUAUUUGGGAAUAUACACACCGUAUCUGAUCUAGAUAAAGAAACCAGUAUUAUGCACGCCAGACUGGUUAGUGUUCUAUUUUUAAACGGAAGCAUGUUUUUUCUCCUCUGGCUUCUUUUUUUGGUAAGUAUUUAUGUUGGAAAUGGGCAGUUUAUACUGUUUUGGCUCAAUGCAAUAUAUCUGAAGUGAGAUUUUGCAUUCCUUUAGUUGCAUUCAAGAAUUUAGCCAAUGGAGAGAACCUUUAAAACUUUAGAAAGUGGUUGAAGAAAGGAAGUUAGAACUGGAUGUUUACACUACAGAAGUUCAGCUGAAUGUACCUUCUGCAAUACAAGUAUUAAACAACUUAGAUAUUGGGGUGUUUGAUUUUCAGUUGUGGUUUUCUUGUUUGGUUGGUUGAUUUGGAUGUGCGUAGACGGGGUUCUUAAUUACCUUGAAAAAGAUCUGUAAUAAGGGACCACAGAAAAAUCCUGGAAAUGUUUUCAGAAAUACUGGAGUAUUAAUUAUCCUUAAUGUUUUGUUUUUUUUUUUUCAUGUUGAAUUUUAAUAUAGGCUAUCAUAACUACAGAACUACUUUGAAAAAUAUUUUAAUUUUAAGAAAUUAAUUCUACUAGAAAGGUCAAGGAUAUGAUAGAUCUAUGUACUUUUUGGCUAGAGGAAUGAUAAUUGCCAUUUUAUUUUAACUUCCUGAGUACUUGAAAGACAGUGAUUAAACAGGUGAUUCUUUGUGUGUUUACAUAUAUGGGAUGAGACUUACAAUGAAAGGGACCUUUUCACAACUUUUGUUUUGCCCAUAUAGGCAUAUUUCCACAGCUUAUAGCACCUAGGCAUGUGCAGGAAGAUGAUAAAGCUGGCACCUGACAUGACAGUGAUUGGGAUUGGAGAUUGUCCUUCAGUGUUUUAAAUGACAUUCAUUUAGAAGUUGAAAAUUUGCUUUUGAAAACCCAAAGACAUUUUACAAAUGAACUGGAAAGCUAAAUUUUAUUGUGUUGUUUUUUGUUAAAGAUGGACAGGAGGAGAAACAGGAAGUGAAACAAGGGUGGGAAGAGGAGAACGAGACAGAAAAUUACAUUUUUGGAAGCAAAUGCUAUUGAUUUGGGCCGGCUAACUGUUCUUGAACAUCUUAGUUGAGCUUUUCCCUUUGUGUUGGCAUUGCUAAUGUAUGGUGAUGGUUUAGUGGCUACCUCAGUUAAAAGUCAUUAAGGUAUUAUUGAGUAAGUGUGGGAUAUUCAUAAACUGUUAGGUACAUUUACAAAGCAAGAUAGUUUAGGAUGUUAGGUAAGAUAGGAUUUUGCAGUUUUGCUGUAAGCAUUGUUUUUAUUUUGGUUGGGUUUGGUUUUUUUUUUUCGCAAGAGAUCCAGCUGAGAGCAAACUCCGAAAAGGUUAUUUGUAAUUCAGUAAAUUCUAACACCUCCUUUUCUCCCGGAGCUUAACUUGUGGGUCUGCUUAGAGAAGAGUGUGAACUGCUGUUGUAGAACAACUAGAGUCUAUUUAUAGAAUCUGUCUAUCUAGUGCCUCCUCCAUAUAUUUAUCCUAUGAUUGGGUCUAUACUUUUUCCCAUGACUCUCUAAAUCCAAAGUGGAUAUAGAUGUACAUGAAGCUGCUUACUGGUUUGUUUUCAUUGAGCUCCCCAAUUCCACAUGCUACAGUGAAGUUCAGACAGAAAUAUCCAUCUAAGGGGCCUGCUCCUGAAGAACAUCCCUUCUUAUGUACCUGAAAUCAUGUACAAGCCACAUCUGAGUAGCUAUAUAAAGUUUACCUGUAUUCUGUUUCUUCCUUCUCCACAUAUCUGCUACCCAGAAGGGCUUCACUCAGAAGCUUCUGCUUACUUUUGAAUAUUGAGUAACAUUGUAAGCUUAAAUUCAACACAUUAAAUGCUUGACAGAAAUAGGACCAUCCUUCACAUUCACCAAGACGUGUGCUUCCUUGUGGACACUUUUUUCUGGACCUGCAAGCUGCUGAUGAACAGUAUUAGGACUUGCUCAGGCCCCAUUUGUGAACAGCUGUAAUGACAAGAUGCAUCUGUCCUGCAGCAUCUGGCUGCUGCGCCUUUACACAAAUCUGAACUAGCUGUAAGUUAUCUAUCUUGGGUACUUAGCUUGAGUUUAACCUAAUCUCUAGAACUCCCAAGAAACUGGAUUUUAAUCCAUGAGCAUGUAGUGUUCCUGAACUGUGUGCUGCCAAGCUGUUCUGGCAGCUAUGUUAAAUGUAAGUGCUAUUGCUGAGCACUGACUUCAGAAUGUGAAGGAAAUAUAUGAUGCUGUGUGGAGAGUGACUACAAAUGUUGCUGUGGUUUUAUCUCCUGGAAUGGGGCAGCCAUGUCGUUAAGGGGUGAAAAGAUAAAGAGAAAAACUUUAGCAGCAAAGAAAAGAUACAGAGAAAAAACACAGUUCUCAAAAGAUUCUUGUGACUUCAGCAAAAACUGUGUGAAAUAUUUGAUUGUUCCAGUGAUACUAACAAAGGGGAAAACUAAAGUUAUACUUAGUAGCUCUUAUAGAAUAACUUGUAGCAUCUUGAGGCCUAAUGAUCAUCCUUAUGACAAGUGCUGUAUAGAGCAGUCUGUUUCUGUGUUGUUUGUGUCCCACACCAUUGAUGUCUAUGAGGAUGAGGCAGAAUGGUGUGAUUUGGGGAUACAGUUUUGCCAUAGGUUUCAUAGACCUGUAGCAGUGACCUGUGUGUUACACUAGAUUUUUAAGACAAAAUAAUUUAAACCUACUUGUUGUUACUAUUAAUGAUAAUAAAUUGCUAUUAAAGUAAAAAA